UGACUGAACUCUCCUGCGCUGUCACCGUAAAAGUAAACAACAAGAAUCCGAAAAAAUAUCUUAAACAAAGAAAAUCGAUCAAACAAAACAUUUUCUUUGAUCCAUUAUAAAUAGCGGAUGGGAAGCGUUUUCAAGCGUGAAACUUAAAAAGAAAUAGAUAAGAUGCUGUGUUUUACUUCAAAAAGCAUGCAAAGAAAAUGUUUAUAAUUCUGUAGCCGCACAACAAAGGGCAAUCACUUCCAAACUUAGCGCACGGCGCCGCAAACGCGCAAAGAGCAACAGCAUCGCCAGCAGUCGGUGCUUUGUCGCAGCCGUAGGCUUUUUCAGAGUGGCCCACACGCUAUAUACUACAUAAACACGAUGCCCAAAUUUCGCCUUACAAUGCGAGUCAAUUAGUGAGCGACCAGCAGCUGUACACAGACAAAUAAGAGAACUAGAUUUAUGUUGUUUUGCGAAUUUGCCGCAAGGUAUUAAUAAUAAUCAAACGCAUAGUACAUUCAGUUGUGCGUACGCGCUAAAAAGUAAAAGAACCAAAUUAGUUCUCUACAAUUUAAGAUAUUAGAAACACCAUAUUGCUGAACGAAAUUCAACUCAAGUGGUGCCAAUUUUGAAGUGGAGACGAAGUCAAAUUCCUUGCAAGAGAAGCAGUUUAUAUUAAGCCUCAUCGAGUAGUGGAUGCGCACAAGUGGCAAAGACCUUGAGCUACUAUACAGAUCCAAGUGCAUUGAAAAUGUCGCGUUUAAAAAUUUUGUUUCUGCUGGUAGCCUUCGUGUUUGUCGCCAAUACCAUGCCCGCCAAUGCGGGCAUUGCACACUCUCAUAAACACGAAAAACAGAGUAGUAAAGAAAGACUGAAGGAUGGAAUAUAUGCAGGUCGGGAUGCACAUCAUCAAGAAAAUGGGGAACACCAUGUGGAAUUCGAUCAUGAAGCAAUUAUUGGUAGCAUGAAAGAAGCGGAAGAAUUCGACAAACUCACCCCUGAGGAAUCGAAGAAACGCUUACUUGUACUCAUAAAGUUGAUGGAUUUGAAUAAGGAUGGCUUCAUUGAGCGUCAUGAACUAAAAGCAUGGAUUUUAAGGUCUUUUAAAAAACUUGGUGAAGAGGAAGCUGCUGAUCGCAUGGAAGAGAUCGAUGUUGAUGGUGAUGGUCAAAUAACUUGGAAAGAAUACCUUAAAGAUAGUUUUUCAAUGGAAGAUGAAGAUGAGCGGAAAGAACUAAUCGAUUUCGAUAGCUAUGAUGAGGAGAAACAAAUGAUUAAAUCCGAUAAGGAAAUAUUUAAUGCAGCCGAUUUAAAUAAAGAUGGUGCUCUCGAUGCGAAAGAAUAUGUACUUUUCUAUUCGCCAGAGGAACAUCCGGAAAUGCUGCCGAUCGUGUUGGAGCACACACUGCGUGAGAAGGAUACAAAUCAUAACGGUGAAAUAGACUAUUCCGAGUUUAUUGGUAAAUCUGGGCAGGAACGUAGUCGUGAAUGGUUGAUCGAAGAAAAAGAUCGCUUCGAUCAUUUGGACGAGAAUAAAGAUGGUUUGUUGAGCGGCAAUGAGGUGCUCAAUUGGGUGGUGCCGAACAGUGAGGCUAUCGCCAAAGACGAGGUUGAUCAUUUAUUUGUGUCAACUGAUGAAGAUCACGAUGAUCGCUUAAGCUAUUUGGAAAUAUUGAGUAACUAUGACACUUUUGUGGGUAGCGAAGCGACGGACUAUGGCGAUCAUCUACAGAAUAUAAACCACUUUCUUGACGAGCUGUAACAAGGCUGUAGAAUACUUCUACAGGCAUCCUUUUAGCAUUUGAAUGACAAGAUUCUUUGUUUACGUUUAAUGCCAAACAUUUAUCAAUUAGUUACAAAUGAAACGUACAAUGUUAAAAUAUAUUUUACGAAUAUGUUUAGAAUUUUAUAAAAUCGGCAAUGUUAAUGUUAAGUUUUUUAUUAGCUGGUUAUUGGUUAAGUAAUUUAUAUUUCCUUAAUCUAAUGUUAAAUUUAAAAGAAAUAUUCUGUGUCGAUUUACUUCAUAGUUUAACCAUCGCUCAACAUUACAGUAGGAUAUUCUAAAUAUUUAUUAUAAUAAAUAAUGUGUCAUAUUAAUAUAAAGAACUGUACCGCCAUUCAAAGUCCUAA